AUGGUUGAUCUGGGGUUCGAUUCAGGGGAAUACUCAAAAGCAUUUCCUGUAUCUCAACCUCCACACGAACCUCGUCUCUUUUUCUUCUUCACACAAUGCCUCACUUCGUCUUCCUCCUCUCCCUCCCUGCCUCUCUCUCUGGCCACAGAAAUUGGAACAAUUCCUUUUGUCAAUAAAAUAUUCCCAACAGAAACAAAAGCAGAGCUAGUAGGAGCUUUGGCCGGAGAGAAAAGUGAGAGGGAGACAGAGGGAGAGCUUUAUGCUCAAAUUGUCAAAUUUGGUUUUGAUUUUGAUAAUUUUGUGAUGAAUUCAUUGAUUUCUGCUUUUGCUAACUGUGGUUAUAUGGAGGAUGCACGCCAAGUGUUCGGUGAGAGUACGCAGAAGGAUGUGGUUGCUUGGACUUCCUUGAUUGGUGGGUAUGUGAGAAAUAACUGUGCCCUACAAGGAUUGAGGUGCUUUAUGGAGAUGAGAUCGACGGGUGUUAGAGUUGAUGAGGUGACCGUUGUUGGUGUACUCUGUGCGGCUGGAAUGGAGGGUGAUAUUUGGUUUGGAAAGUGGGUUCAUGGGUUUUACGUAGAAGCAGGGAGAGUACAAUGGGAUGUUUAUAUAGGCAGUGCUCUAGUUGAUAUGUACUCCAAGUGUGGCAACUUUGAAGAUGCCCGUAAUGUUCAAAGUAAUCACAAAGGAAUUAUAAAGUGUUGGAAAGUAAUCACAAUAACAAAUGACCACCUUGUUAAAUGCCUUGAAUGA